GACUGGGUCUCGCGAUGUGCGUGUGCGUGUGCGUGUGCGUGCGCGAUCCUUGCGAGCUCGCGCACGCUUCCCCUCGCAGUACAGGGCUGUGGCGGCCUCUUCCUCCUGCGUUUGGGGCAGGAGCCGGAGUGGUGGCUGCGGCGGGAGCUGGAAGCCAGCGUCCACUUCGCCGCCACCGCCCACGCAGUCUGCCCCUCUGACUUGGGCUCUUCGCGUAGUGCAGAGGCGGCGGGCUAGGAAGGGAGCGGCGCCGGCGUGAGGUUCCCCGCUGAUGGGCAACCCCUGGGCGCGCUGAGGGGCCGGGCUACCAGCGACUGAGAAAAUGAUGCAUCCUGUUGCCAGCAGUAAUCCAGCCUUCUGUGGGCCUGGCAAGCCUUCCUGCCUCAAUGAAGAUGCCAUGAGAGCUGCCGAUCAGUUUGACAUAUAUUCCUCCCAGCAAAGCAAAUAUAGCCACACAGUCAGCCACAAACCAAUGGCUUGUCAGAGGCAAGACCCCUUAAAUGAAACACACUUGCAGACUACAAGUGGCAGAAGUCUAGAGAUAAAAGAUGAACUAAAGAAAAAGAAAAAUCUCAACCGAUCUGGUAAACGUGGCCGACCUUCGGGAACCACCAAAUCUGCAGGAUACCGAACCAGCACAGGCAGACCCCUGGGAACCACCAAAGCAGCUGGAUUUAAGACAAGUCCAGGCAGACCUUUGGGUACAACUAAAGCUGCGGGAUACAAAGUCAGCCCAGGGAGACCUCCAGGUAGCAUUAAAGCUCUAUCCCGUCUUGCCGAUCUUGGUUAUGGCUGUGGCACAGCAGCUUUUCCUUACCCUAUGAUGCACGGGAGAGCAGUCCAUGGGGUAGAGGAAACUAGUAGUGAAGUUAAGCCACCUAAUGAGUGAAUGAGGCAGGAAAGGAGGGCCAGGUUUAGAAGGAAGGUUGUGAAUAAUCCCAAAGCUUCUUGGUUUUAUUUUGACAUACAUGAUUAUGUAGCCUGGGCUUUCCAAAUUUGUUUUCCCGUUUGAUUUGUUUUCUUGCUUUUGCUCAGAAACUGCCAUAUGCUCACAGAUGCACUCAGGGCAUGAGCAAUGGCAUUGUGUUUGUAUAUAGGUUCAAGUAUAAUAUCUAACUAAGUCAUUUUUCCUUUCCUUUACAGUUAUGGUUGUGUCUCAUAUGUCAUGACUACUUUUAGGCCAUUCUACAUUGAUGCUUUAUGUGCUAAACAACUGAAAUCAUUUUUCCUAUUAGUUUGUGAAUUAAGCCUACAAUAUAUUAAAGAUAAUAUCUAAGGUAUUUUUAACUGAUGGAACAAAGCGAACUAAUGAUUCAGGAUUACUUGCGGUAAUGGCUGUGAGUUUUCAUAACAUUUUUUUUCAUGAGACAGGACACAGAUAUUUGUAUGCUUUGGCAUUUACACAGAGUUCAGAUGUUAAAAUUUUUACUUUUAAUGUUCUAGGUUUAAGCAGCAGAAGCUUAUUUAUUUUAUUUUAUUGAUUUAACCAUUAUUCCUAAAAGAAUUCUUUAGUGUUUGCCUUCCAGCAGUGAUAUGUUGUGUAUUUUUUAAUUGCCUAAGAGCAUAUAUACCAAACACUACAAACAGUUCAUACUUACAGAAAAAUUAAACUUUUUAAUAAAAACUGCACAUUACAUUUUUGAUGACAUAUAAUGCAUCCUGAGAAUAACAUAUUUAAUAUAAUAGAGAAAGAAACAUUCUUAAGGUUUGCAUGUAGCUGUAGUCACUACAUUUUGCCUUUCAUAUGUUUAGUUUUAAAGCAUUAUACUUAAAACAUUUAUUAAUGUUCAUUUAUUCAAAAUGCUUUUUAGUGUUUUCCCAAGAAAUUGUCCCAUUGCACUUACUGUGGUUUCAGGUUUCUGUCUACCAAAGGACACAAAUUGAAGGUAGAGUGUAAAACUGGUAUAAACAAAAUGCAAUUUUCUGACUGUCAGAACCCAAAUAUUAAGAAAUCUGUAGGAAUCCAUCUAUGCAUGAAACAUGUAAAAAUACUUUAGUUUAAUUAAAAAAUCUAAUAGUGGCGUCAAUGAGACCACUUCAAAAGAAAAUUUUUUCCAACAAUAUUUGCUUUAGAAGCAAGAUAGAAAAGAAAAAAAACUGUUGGGUAGGUGUGUAUGGUAGGGACAGAGGGAAGUCUCUCUUCUCCCCUUACUGAAAGUAAUACUCUUUUUAAAUAUACAUUUUAUUCUGAGUUUGUUCUAAAUAAGAUAAACAGUUAUAAACUUCAGAUUUGAAAAAAAAACUGAACUUUCAAGUUACAAUGUAUGUAUUUGUGUUUUUAAAUGCCUUUGAGAUUAUAGUGUAGAUCUGCAGGACCCAAAAACUUUUAAAAUCAUGACAGUUUUAAAAGGGCGCAUCUUUGUGUUGUUUGGGCUUGCUCUCAGUUAUUGCAAACUCUGCUUGCAAAUGGAUGUCAUGUUUCAUACCUUUUUUAUCAGGAAAAAAGCAGCAAGCCUUCAGGUGUUCCAGUGAUGCCUGACACAAUGAGCUGGACUUAUGCUGCUCUUUACAGUAAGAGGUGUUGCAUUGUAUGUGGGGACUUGUGUGCACUGGCAUCUAAGACAGUGACCUCAACAAUUUUAGCUUUGCACAAACCCUAGAGAACAAUAAUGAUGACUAUAAAUCAGUUCUAACAUUCUGGCAGCUAAAUUGCUACAAGAGUUUCUCCUUACAGAAGCUUAAAAUAUAAAACUUAAUAAUUUACUCAGAACAGUAUAACUUCUGACACACACAAAUGCUUACAUAUUUAUUCCCGUGUUCAUCUAAUCCACUUUUGUGAUAAUGUAUCUGUCAUUUAGCUGUUUCUCAAGAUGAUGUUCAGCAAUUGGCUGCUUAGAAAUCCUCUUUUGAGUUCCUGAAAGCAGUUGUUUAAAUGUUCUACCUAUAUAUCACUGUCAAGGAUUUGGUUACAUGUUGUUUUAUACUAUGUUCAUUUGACAUUUCCCUUUCAGGUUACUUUUAUCCCUGAUUUGUUGUACAUACCCUUCCCUUUCUGUCUGCUCUUUGCUUCAUUCAUUCCCCUGCCCUGCCUCUUGCCCCAGUCUCCAGCACAUCUACUCAGUGGUGCUGUGCUGUGUGUCAGAAGAUAAAGCAGGUGUAUUAUUGUGUAAUGAAUUUUGUAUACAUGUUAAUGAAAUGGUGAAAGCAACUAAAGGAAUUCUGUUCAUAACAGUGUUUAUUAAUAUCAGGAGUUAUGUCCCAGGAAAAAAAAGGGGCAGUUGGCUACAGUUGUGAAUGGUUAACGUUGUUCGGAAAGCUGAAUUUUCUGUUCAGGUAAGCAUUUACCUGGAGUAUUAGAUCUGUCUGGUGGUGAGCAUCUCCUGAUUCCACUUCCUUUUCUCCUUGUGAACAGUUUAUUGGUGCCAUGCUGAAGAGAAUGACAUAGAGUGAUAACAUGAAUGAAGUCUUAAAAUAUACAAUAUUUUUACUUCUCUAUAAAGCCUACAUUGUGCAUCUUUUGUAACACUGUUUCUUGUCAUGAUAAACACUGAAAUAGCAUGUUAAACAAUUGCCUAUACUUUAAUAUAAUCAGUUGGGGAAAACUGGCCUUUUCUUUCAACUGUGUGAUUGUUCCUUGAAAGGUAAAUUGCUAAUUUUAUAUUGUAUAAUUCUGUUCUUCACAAAAUAGGUUUCACUAUUCUGUAUUAAAACUGUUGGUCAGAAAAUGAUCUGCUAUUCAAGUAAGUUUGCUUUCCUUUUUUUUGAAAAAUUUUUUAACAUGCCUUAUUUAUUAUAUUAACAAGUAAGCAGCUAAUACAGAUAAAGUUUUCAUUUUUUUCAGAGAUAUAACCUUGCAUAACUGAUCUUUAGUAUGGGAUGAUUUUGAUACUAUCUUUGGAGUUUUGCACUGGAUAUUUUAAAAAUACUGGCACAAUGUAUUGGAAGAAAAUAAGCAUCUGAUUAAUUUUUAAUAUUUGGGGACAUUUUUUAAACCAGUGUUCAUUUAGACUAAAAUAUUCUUGAUAUUUUUUAUUUACUUUUUAAGGAAAUCUCUGUUAAAUUAAUAAAAGUAAUAUUCAUUCCAAACUGAUGUUUGUGUGAAUUUACAUGUAAUAGUUUCAUGAAGUAAUAGAGUUUCUUUGAGUUAAGGAGGAAAAAACAGUUAUCUGGAUCCAUUUAUUAGAUUAAAGGUGAUCCAGCCAAUAUAAGAAAAACCAGUGUAUGAGCUAAAGAAAAAAAACCUUCUCCUUUCUAGUCUAAGAAGCUUUAAAAAGAAGAAUUCAGGGGAUGUUGACAAUAACUGCUGCUCUGUCAGUCAUUGUCUCUAUAUGCAGUAAAAGUUUAUGGUCCCUUCAUAAUAUAAACAUUCACAACAGUUCAAAACAUUUUUUUCCUUGGACAUAAAAUAUUUUGAUGCUAUUAUAGUUUUUAUUAUAGCUUAACUAUAUGCUCUAAACUCUAGGAUGUAUCUAAAUCUUUCCUUUGCUUUUACCUCCUCCUCCCCCCAAGUAGAUAUAUCUGUGCUCUCACAUACAAUGUAUUUAAUUUUGGGAAAAUUUAAUGCUAUAUAGUAAAUCAAGUGUGUGAUUUAUAGUAAUCAGACCACUUUGAUUCUUUAAGUUUCACAGUUCCUUUUUUCCACAGAUAAUUACAGAGAAAAUAAUUACCAAUUAACUGAUAAGCACGUUGUCCUCUGCUGUAAAAAGUCUGAAUAGAUACUGUGUAUGUUUUUAUGUUCAUGAACUUGAGCUACUCGUGUGCAAUUAUGUGUAUGGGAAUGGAGUAGUGUUCAUGAUUUGUAUCUACAUCAUCAUAUGGAUGUAUAUUUAUUAAUAAAGUCAUUACUUUAAAACCAA